AAAUUAGACGUAAUUAAACGCGCUACCGAAGAAGCAGCGUUGAAUGAAUUCGAAAGUCGAUUGUUUUUGCGUAAUCACUAUGCGAAUUGCGGACAAAACAAUUCGUUUUUAAAUUUCGCUCAAAAAGUGUACAAUAAGGCGAUGCUGAUGAUCACAGAUUAUAUUUGUUCACCGGAUUGGUCAAUGUUUUACGACGAAGGUAAUAGUACAAUUUGGCAAUUGAAGAAUAUUAUUCAGAAUGAAGUCAUCAUGGCUUCCUCGGCAUUCACUCACAGUUACCAUACAAACUGCGCUAGUAUGUUCUUCAGUAUCAGAGAUGAAGUGAGUGCCCUAUUCACCACCUACGAAUUUACUCUGAUGCUACAGAAAUUUACCUACUUUCAUCGUACCUACGUAAAAUCUAUUUUCAUACAGAUCCUAUCGAUGAUUGAAUCUUGGUCGAACGCACUCUACGUUUACUCAAACUACAUCUCAGCUGCUCUAUCCGAUAUAUUCAACGAUAAAAUGAAGAUGAUCAUCAGCAAAUAUCAAUAUUACCCAAGCAACAAUUCAUUCAAAUGGUUAUGCGACGAAUUGAUGUUAAACUGCGGAUACAAUCAUUGGGAUCACAUUCAAACACAUCCAAGUGAUGAAAAUCAAUUCUGGUUCAUCAACGAAACGAUGAAAUUGCAUUUUUUCGAAGAACCAUUCGUAACUCACUGCCCUUAUGAAUAUCCUGGACAAUCAGAAGAAGAACUCGUUGUAAUGUUAUCACAAUGGUUAUUUCGAGAAUCCAUCAAUCAACUGCAAUCCGACACCAAACGUUUGGUACUUUCCGAGUACGAUGCGGCCAUUUCCGAAGAUCUGAGAGUAUUACGCAAAGAACAACUUUCUAGCUACUUGAACAAACCAGUAAUUAAUUUAGAACUACAAAUGAAAACUUACAGUAAUGAUUUUUCGUUCAACUUCAACGUUUCCGAUGGUCCGCAUUAUUUCAUCCCCGAUGGGUUUUUUACUGAAUUGCAUCCUGGCACUAAAUCCGUCCACGAUUAUUUUCCUUAUCAAUGCGGUGAAAACGAUAAUAAAAAUGAAGUAUCGAGGAACUUCAUGGAAUCUGAAACCUCGUCGAAUAUCGACCAAUAUUACGACGACGAAAGAAGCAAUUUUGAUUUGAUCGAUUCUAUCGUUAGCAAUAAGGGUGUGGUUAACGAUACCGAAUAUGGAUGUAAAUUAUCAAAUAUCAAAGAAGAACUGGAAACGUACUGCACCAACGAUGCUAAAAUCAUGGACGAAGAUAGUAAAUCAAAUGCAUCUAAUGUAACUAUUCAGAAAACAGAAGAAACUCACGAUAAAACAUCACCUGUACCGAAGUUACAAAUUAAAGGAAGACACGAGGCACUGAAACACGACACGUAUCCUGCAGUUCAACAUAAGAAAAGAGGAAGACCUAAGAAAAUCGAAGAUUAUUCGUCAAAUGCGCCGAAAAAUGGUCAACACAAGUAUUCGCCGGAAGAUGUCCAGGAUUGUAGUAUCUGGAUUAGUGACAACUUUUUCGAAGUUGCUGGCAAUAAACCAGCCAUCGACAGAGCACGAAUGUACGAACUGUAUACGAAUUAUUGUCUAUUGAAAUUAUGCACUCCAGUUGAUCGAGCUUUGUUUGGAAAAAUAAUAAGGAAAGUUUUCCCUAAACUGAAAUCACGUAGAUUAAUUCAAAACCAAGUUUUGAAAUACCAUUAUGUAGGUUUAAAACCGAAAUACACCGAAUUAGAGCAAGCUUUGUUAUAUUCCGAUUCAACAAGCAUGAAUCCCAGUGAAAUAUUAGUAACGUAUGUUCCAGUCGAAGAGUCAAGAUAACAUAAUACGAGUACGAUUCACCUUCAUUCUAUCCCAAAUAUUCUCAAACGAAUCGAACGCAGGUCUGACAUCCAAAAUUGCAAAUUUAUAUUUGUCGUCAACUUUACCACCAUCGUAAUAAUCUAUCACGUAUCUGACAUCUUUACCACAUCUAUCUAUAAUCCAAUCGUGUCUAUCGAAAGGUAACUCGUAUCUGUAAUAAAGCAUUUUCAUCAGUACUUUUAAAAUACGAUAAGUCGAUAACCAAGUCAAAAAAAUCUGUAGGCUCAAAUACCCCAUCCAAUGACGAAUCCUAGCUCUCGGCGAGUAAUCUUUGGCUCUACCGCCGAAACUUUUCAACUGAGGGUUGGUACAUUCACGAGCAUGUAACGCUUCCCACUUAAGUACCUGCAGAAAAACUUUUCAUUAGACGUUAUUUUCGCUAUAAUUUAACGCAUGUUUCGUAAUACGUACUUCUUUCCACGCUUCUUCGUUAUUAACAUUAUGUAUUUUAAUUAUCACGUCCAUAUCUUGCGGAGACAAAUCGUCGUCCUUCCAUCGCCAUCCUUUUCUUAACAUAGCGUUCCAAAACAUCUAAACGCCAAUAAUAAUUCGGUCAUUCAUUUCAAACUAAAAUAUACACUCUAAAAAACACAGCAAACGUACUUGAGGCGAAGGAUAAACCCACACUUCUCCAUCGGUACCAGCUUUUGGUAUAGACGAAAGUUCUCGUUCUGUUGGCAAAGGAAAUGGUUGAUCUGGGGAUGGUUGUUGAUUGGGUGGUGGCAUCUAAAUCAAAAAAUUGGAUCAGUUACCUUAAAAAUAUAUCUUAACGUGUUCAAAAUUAUAUUUACCAUGUUCCUGGGGUCAACAUCGUCGUGUUUGAUGGGACAUCCACUGGCUUGAGCCUAGAAACCGUAAGUAAACGUAAGUGAUACACUAUGUAAGAUGUUUCAUCAUUGAUUCAAGAUAAAGCUCACUCACCGACACAGUAUUUUUCUGAUGCAUAGGACAUUCUUCCGGAGGAUUCAUCGUUGCCAGUUUAUGGUAAUCUUUAUUACUAAUGUGAACAUUGUCGGCUGAUUGUAUUUGUUGAGCGUGGACUGAUUUGAAAGGUUGAAGCAAAGAUUCUGUAUUUCCCAUCUAGAAGUAUUUAAAAUUAAAAUUCAAGAACAAAUUUACGAUUAUGAAUUGUGAAAUAGACUGGAGAUUUCAUACUUUGACUGUCUGCUGCUUUGAAUUCUUGAAAAAUGGGGAAGAGAAAAACCUUCAACCUAGCCAAAGUAA